GAAGACGCAGUUUAUAUCGCCAUCCCGCUCCGGUACACCUCCCGUUCGAGCACCGCCUCCGCCGCCAAUCUCUGCUCCCGCACACACCGCCGCCGUCGCUCUCCGCUUCAACAUCCACCGCCGCCAGCCUAUCCACUCAUCAUCUACACAAAAGGGGAAAGAAAAGGGAAAUCCCACUCCCAUCCAGGCCGCCGCCGCCGCUUCUGAUCUGAUCUGCGUCCCCCCACGCCGGUCUAGCCCUAACGCCGUCGGUUUCUGCCGGCGGCGCGGUCAGACGACAAGCAGUGAUGGCGGGGACCUCCGGAGCCCAGAUCUCCUCCCGGCGGGCGGCUAACCGACCGAGGGCCCUCCCCGAUCCGCGCCGCCCCUGCCCUUCCUCCAACAUCCGAUCCCACGCCCAAUCAGCUGGACGCAAGCGAAAAUACUCGGUGGCCAUCGACGUGGAUCCCGUCCGUGACUGGGCAAACAUCGGGGACGGGCCAGCCGGCCUGAUCGCCGAGCUUGCCCUCGCCAGCGACGUGGCCGACUAUGUCCGCUUCCGCGCCGUGUGCGGGCCGUGGCGGCGGUGCUCGCCGGACCCGUGCGCCGGUGGCCUGGACGGCCGCUUCCUCCCCCGCAAGUGGAUCAUGCUUGACAAGGCGCUUGCCGGGCCCCGCCGCCAUCGCUUCCUUAACGUGUCUACAGGCGAGUGCAUACGCAUGGACCCCCCGGAGCUCGCGGAGCACACGUUGCUCGCGCUCACCCCAGAAGGCCUCCUCCUGCUGCUCGUCGAGCCCACCCUGGUCGUCCGCCUGCUUAACCCACUCACGCGGCAGCUCACAGACCUUCCACCGGUGACCGCGCUCCUGAGACCAGGGCAGCAUCGGUCCAGGCAAUGCGGCUCUCAGAUAGGACAAACAAUCAAUGUGACUGGCGUGGGUCUUGUUGCCGACGCCUCCAUGGUGGCAGUCAAUUUCUCUGAUCCCAGGGGGCUUGUCGUCGCUAAGCCCGGCAAUGAGAGUUGGACCAUUGUCGACAAGGAAUACAUGAAUUCGGUUUUGCCUUUUGCGGGGCGCUUCUACUGCGCCAACUACAGGGGCGUCAUGGUGCUGACGACCAGCUUGGAUCAGCAGCCGCCCCGGCUCCGGUUGGUCGCUGACCGGAGCGACUCAUUUGAUUUCUCCCGGAUGGCUGACAGCCUUCACCUGGUGGACAAUGGCGGGGAAUUGAUGCUGGUGCACCGAGAGCUAAGCCUGGACGGCGAGUAUGCCAGGAGUUAUGAUGCUUACAGAGUGGAUUUGGAAGCUGGGGUCCUGGCCCCAGCCAAGGGCUUCAAUGGGCGCGCCGUGUUCAUGGGCAUGUGCCGCUCAAUUUCUGUACCAGCUGAGGCUGGUUACCCCUCUGUCGCUGCUGAUACCAUCUACCUGGGACACGAUUGUGAUCCCCAGAUUCAGGGGUACAAUAUCGCGGAUGGGAGCAGAUGCAGUCUGAUUGAGGCAGUAUGUCCGCGUAGUAUUGUGGAUUGUCUCCGCUGCUGCAUCCAGGGAGUCGGCAAGUGACUUGCUUGAGCCUCAGGACGAAUGAUGGGUGUUUGACGAAUGCCGGGUGUUACUCUUUGCUAUGAUUCUGUUUCUCCGGUGGGUGUGGUGUUUGCGGUGAUUCUGGUCUUGGCCUACUGCUGGUGUGGCGUCUGCCGUGAUUCUGGUCUUGGCCUACUGCUGGGUGCGGUGUCUUCCGUGAUUCUGGUCCUGGUCUUAUGCAUCAAUUACUGUGUAUCAGACAGCAUUAUCAUAUGUACCUCAAAUAAUAUAAACGCUUAUCAAACAAAAAUUGUUACUGGUUUUCUGUUUCUGAUAUUUACAUAUGAUGUGGCAGUAUACUGAUGAAACAAAAUUAUCUGCAUCUUCCUACUUUGUAGUACAUCCUUGAUGUUUUGUAUAGACUGCUGCCCCUUCUCCUUCCAUGAUAUAUACUCUGACCUUUGUACAUCCCUUCCAUGAUAUAUAAUGAUAAUGUAAGUUCUAAUCUGAUUUUUGGUAUCAUUACAUGACUCACAACAGUCAUACGAGUGUACCAAUAAAUAUUUUCCUUAUAAGUUGAUCAAAUAAUAAGUUGUAAAUCCUGUUAGAUCAAGGACUCUGUCCAUUGGCCAAGACUCAUAUUUUGACUUUGUUCUGAUCCUGACCAGCAAGGGAUCAUGCUUCAACUUGAAUCUCCAGGAGUUCACGCCAGGGUUAAGACCUAUCAAAGCUCCAUUCAAGAUAGCAUCCAACAAAUUAGUCACAUAACUCAUGUAAUCAUGACAGUUUGUUAUAAAUUGGUAGGAUAAAGUCCAAUGAAAUCAAGCGAGCCAUGAGCAAUAUAGUACUAGCAGUAUAGCAUGAUUUUCUUUAUAUGAUUCCCAUCAUUCUUAGCCCAUGUUUGAUUCUCAAUCAAUUUCUUUAGGUACAUUAAUUACAUUGAAAGAACGUAUACAUCACUAAUCCAUUUUUAGUUGUUCGAUACCUGAAGCAUAGAGUGAUUAUUAUUAUUAUUGUUCCAAAAAUAGUAAUGGCCGUACAAUGAUGAUUUAGCAGCCUGAUUCUUACGGAGUAACUACUAGUACUUGACUCCAUUCCUUGGCAGUCCAUAUAUAGCUUACAGAAUUUAUUUGGCCUCUCCACCUUUGCAGGUUCCCGAGUUGUUUCAUGUUCGAUUUUCUUGUGUGUGAUCCAUGAUGCAAAUUGCAAAUGCAGGUUAUGUUUGAUGUGUAUAGGGACCAACAGCUACUACAUUGAAAGUAAUUUCAAUUGCAUACCUUGUUGUCAAUUACUGAUGAUGCUGGACUAGAAUUAGUGCCCAGAAUUAUUUGGCACUUCUACGAGGACCUAUGUAUGAACAAUGUUUCUUACAUGCCAGGUCGAAAAUGAUCAAUUAAGAUCAAUUUGCUUGUUCGAACUAACAUUUACCCUUUUGUUUACUUUAUUAUGUGGCCUCAGAUUUUCAGGCUGGCCAGGCUCAAGAGUCACCGCUCCCAAGGCCAUUCAUUUACCAUAAACAGUUAUUGGAACCGGGAGAGCUAAGCAUACCAGUGGGGUGAAUCAUGAUGUCUCUUAUAGUAAAUCAGGAGAAGCUUUGAAUUAUAGAAGGAGAAACCUAUCUGCGGUAGACACAAAAGAUUUCUUCGA